UUAAAUCUUAUUAAAAAAACAACAAUAUUUGAAUUUGAUAAACUUGAUUGAUUACUAAUCUCUCAAAGUAAUUAUCAGGCUAUAGAACAACUUAAUAACGUAAUCUACAAGCAACGAUAACGUAACCCCAGCAUUUAAUUUUCAUUAUAAAUGAGUGUCGGUUAAGUUGAUAAGUGAUUAGUAUAUUCUUAACCAAUAUGAAGUGGUAGGGUUAACAGUUUUGACUGGACUGCAUUGCGUUAUUAAUUUGACAUUUAUAUAAAUUAUCAUGUUGAUUCCACCUUCAUAUUUAUUUUAUUUGACCAAUUGUAUUUUAUUCAUACUAUUUGUGUCUGUUUCACCAGAAAGCAAAAAAUGUCACUCGUUAUAUAGUGAUAGCAAAUAUUAUCUAGGGACAAAAACUCCAUACAGUUAUGUGGCUAAUGUUGAUGACGAUCCUAUUGUUUAUGGAGAUUGUACCCCAAUCAGAAUCUGGGCCCUCGUGCGCCACGGGACCAGGAACCCUGGGAAAAUAUCAGAAAAAAUGAGGGUGAAUUUGUCUGCGUUGAAGAUGAUUUUGAUGGACCGUCACGAGGCAGGGAAAGGAAAUCUCUGUCGGGAGGAGGUGGAGGAACUGCGGAAGUGGAAACCGACUGUAGAUCCAUCGGAACUCAAGUUCCUUACUCACGAAGGUGAAGAAGAAAUGCUUCUUUUGGGAGAGAGAUUCCUCAACCGGUUUCCUGACCUUCUUCCAGAGUCUUACUCAAACAGAACGUACAAGUUUCGACACACUGCAACGCAGCGCACGCGGGAGAGCUCACAGUACUUCACCGUUGGACUGUUCGGGCGCAGGCAGAAGGCUCACGUGUGGUAUCCUGAGCCAUUGGCCAAGGAUCCAAUCCUGAGGUUCUAUAAAUUGUGCAAACGUUGGAGAACUGAGGUGGACAAGAAUGCAGACGCUUUGACAGAACUGGACAAGUUCAAGGCUACACCACUGGUGUCCAGAAUGUUAGACAAUAUCUCGGCCAGGAUUGGUCUCAGCGAUAGGAUCUCGUUUGAGGAUGCAAAGUUGAUUUACCAGACGUGUGCGUUUGAGACAGCCUGGCACCCCAAGUCCCCAUCCCCGUGGUGUGCCCUCUUCUCCAAGGAUGAUCUAGAGAUACUGGAGUAUUCAGAAGACCUGAAGUACUAUUGGAUCGACGGGUACGGUUACCCAAUCACGUACAAACAGGCCUGUGUCGCUGUCAAUGACAUGUUUCAUCAUCUCACUGAUGAGAGCCAUCCCCCGUACACAUUCUACUUCACCCAUUCCGGCACUAUUCUGAAGGUGCUCUCCCACCUCCAGCUGUACCGGGACCCGUUACCUCUCUCAGCUGAUCUGUUCAACAAGACCCGCCUCUGGCGAACCUCCCAGAUUGAUGUGUUUGGGAGCAACCUGGCCUUCGUCCUGUUCAGCUGCAAGGAUGGCUACAAGAUACUGACGAUGCACCAAGAACGGCCGGUGACUCUGCCAGGAUGUCCUGAGGAUCACCUCUGUCCGUUAGACUCACUGCAGGACUUCUACCGCCACAGCAUAGAGAACUGCGACUUUGACCAGUUCUGCCACCUAGAUACCUGAUCAGGCUCAGUGAUUCCGUAGGAUCUCUUAAAAUAAUGAAUAUUUUAGCUUAUCCUUAUCAAGGUAGAUAAUACAGGUACAAAAGGAGGUACACACUCGCUAGUCAUGUCCUGUUACAACAAUCAUUUGUUAUUUACCCAACAUGAGUUAACUUUUUAGAAAUCUUGUUUUAAACUAUUUAAUUCUCUUUAGUAAUACAGUUAUUACAUAGAGUUUACGAAGAAAGUUUUCUCAGAAUGUAUCAAACAGUAAAAGAGAGCGAGAGAACAAAAUAUUGAGUUAAGUACGACAAAAUGUUUUAUCCAAAUAACAAACUUGGUUAAAGUUCAAACAAAGAGUUUUAGUUUCUGAACAAUCGAGAUAUUGAAGAUGUAAUGAUGUAAAAUAUAGACUUUGUGUGCACAGUUACUAUAUUUUUUACCUUGCAAGUUUCUUGCAAUUUUAUUUAUCCACUUGUGUUUAAAAAUGUUGAAAUGGUAUUCAAUGUUAGUUUAGAAUCAGUGAGAUAAUGUUUCAUUUUAAGUUCCAUUUAUAAAAUUCUAAUAUAAAAAAUUUGGGUAGUAAGGCUUAAGGCAAUAUGAUGAAAAGUUUGAUGUAUUUGCCACUUAUGGAGUACAAGGAAGAAAAGAUAAGUGUAAUUCUGAUGGUGUACGUACUAAGUUAUAGAAGACCAUUUAAAACACCUAUUAGUUGUAGUUUUAUAAAUUAUAUGUUAUUCAGUCUGAUCCAACAUCUUCUUACUAAUAAAACAUUCAGAACAAGAAAAAUGUACAUCCAAUCUUACAGCUUAAAACUGUUGUAGCAUUCUUGUAAAAUUAUCAGUAUGCGUAGCAUAUAGGUUUUGCUGAAUCUAAGAGUUUUGGAUCUUACUGCUUGAAUUACACCGGUCUUAUUAUUUAGUACUAAUUAUUAGUACUACCAUUAUUAAUUAAUAAGUAUUGGUUUAAAACUAAAGUUUGAACAUAUCAAAAAUGUAAAACUUGCCUUACUUUUUAAAUAUAAAAAAAGAAUAGGUCAGUCUCCUUUUCACCAUUAUUCUUUCAGGAAUAUGUUUGCCCCUGAUUAAACACGGUGCAACAUCUUCAAAAUUAAAUUUUAAUUUCCAUAAACUUUGCAUAUCCUUUUGUAAAUUUUGUAAGGGCUCUAUUGCAUUAUAAAUGCAUGCACUUUUAACUUGAUCCUAAAUGUAAAAUCAUUUUUAGUCACAGCCAUAGUAUAGUAUAGUAAAUUAUAGUUUCUCCUCACUAUUAGUUUUUUUUAGUAUUAUCUUUGUAACAAAAUUGCAGGACGGAACAUAAAUCGCAGUUCAGCUUAUUUAGCAGCCAUUGGAUUUUUAGAGUUUAAACUCUUAUAACUCUCCAGAUCAUGUUACGAUAGUUGUUCAGAAAGUAAGUUUCAAGGCAUCUAAGUGUUGAAUGGGUGGUGGUGUGUAUCUUCUUUCACUACACUUUUGGCACUGUUACAGUGAAGAUCGUUGUACUAUUCUAAGUGUUGUAGACUAGUGUUCAAAACGGCUCGUCAGACGACUGUUAAGUACAAAAUGUCAUUGGAAUUUUAGAAUUUCAUUGUACAUUGUAUUCUGUAUAUGGAGAAGGCAUGAAAUACUGUAGUUAAAUAAUUUUGCCAAUUGUUUCGUGAAGGACAAACGUAUGUUCACAGCGGAAAAUGAAAUGGCCUACCAUCUGUGGUUACCGAGACUUUGUUGAACAAAACAAUUAUGAAAAAUUGAAGGUUCACAAUUUCACAGCAUUUUUCACAGUUAUUAAGAAUUUGAUUGUAUAAAAUUGUGAUUGGGAAACUUGGAUAUGGUAAAUGUUAUGCCUGAUGGGUACGAAACUCUUGACUGAUGAAAUCAAAACAAAAAGAAUGUGUAAGAUCAGCUCUAGGUUUCUUAUACAUUACUAUGAAGAAGAUGACAAAUUUCUUAAGCAUAGUCAUUACUAUUGAAAAAUCGAUUGCACUCCACAAAAAUCGUCACUGCCAACUAUUGGUUAUAAGCAUAGGAGGCAGAAUUUUAUUUAAUAUAUUUUGAAAAAUUUGUACCUAGAUAUAAGAAGAGUUUAUGUUGUAACCAAGUUGAAUAAUAUUUAAUAAUGUUUCUUAAAAAACACAUAUUAUAAAAAAGCUGUAAAGUUAUGUGUAUUUUUUUAUUUAUUAAAACAACUUUCUGAAUGACCCUUGAACUUAUCACUUAUUUAGGAAGAGUUUUAUGGGCAUAAAAGAUAUCAUAAAAACAAUUUUUUGGACUUCUAAUUUAAAAAAAUUUGUAAUGAAGUAAAUAAUGAUUGUCUUCUUGGUUACCUAUGUUAAUUCCUUCCAUUUUAUAAAACAAGUACCAAAAAUCAAAAUUUUAAAAAAUUCAAGAAAGAUGUUAGUUACUACUCUUUGAAACAUGAGCCAAUUUAAUAUUAUUAAUCAUCAUUGUAUUUUAUAAAAAUAUGAUUAGCAAAUUUUAGCAAAAAUAGUUUUUGAGUAUUCCUAGAUUUGUUGUAAUGUUUUGUAAACUGUUAUUUUGAAGUAUGGCUUCAUAGUUUAAUGCAUAACUGUGUAAUUUACAUUUAAAUUAUUGUUAUUUUCUUUAGUGGGAUUUGCUCAAGAUGUACCUCUCAACAAAAGUUUUUAAAUGUACUAAAAAGUAUACUUAUAUGUAUACUCUAUUUAUAUGUGUACUUUUUAAUUUAUUUAAUUAAUGAAUUAUACUUAAGAUGACACUUUUUUAACUGUACCAACUUGCUUAUCUUUGAACUCAGUAGUGAUUCCCUUAAUUUUGCACAUUCAAAGUUUAUACGACUUUUGACGGGAUGUUGAAAUUCCGCGAAACAGUUGAGGUCUGCUAAGCACAAACUAAACAUCUAAUGUUUGUGUAGUUCCAUAGAGUUUAUAUGUGUAAUAUAAAAUGUACAGGAGUAGUGCACGAUUGAUUUGAGAACAUUACAAUUCUAAUGGUACUAUCAAUAAUUGCUCUGAUGAUGUCUCAGUCUCAACAAUAGAUUGUUUCUGACUCUGUACCAUUAUAAUUACACUUCCACUGUUUUGCACUAAAAUUAGUUAUAUUUUACAGAAACAAAACUGUUAACAGAGUUUAAUGUUCUUUCACCGUUUUCAGGGAAAUGGUGGUAUAUCAUACUUUUAAGUUUCGGUUCUGUUACUCUUAAAAAACACAUUGUUUCUUUUUCAGUACAUAGUAAUAUAGUAUAUUUUUACAAUCUGAUAACAUUUUGCCAGUACAUUGGUUGUGUGUACCCAAAACUGUCGCAUGUUCACAUUGAAAUACUUCUUACUGGAACAUGUUUUGCACAAAACUGUGAUUUGUGAGGUACAAAGUUUGUCCGGAAAGUAUCCAACCUUCCCUUGCUGACUGAUUGUCACCCAUGUGAUUGUAUCAUACCGGUUAUGGCACCCUUCAGAAAGUGCCACCAGGCAUUCUACGCGCUCUGCGCAGUCAGUGAGUCACAGCACUCACAUUCUGCAUCAGAGAUAGUCUCUGUGAUACACACAGUUAUGGGUGAUACUCAGAUAAUUUAGUGGUUUAGGCGAUUCAAGAUAGCCGCAUUUCAGUUAAAAGUAGCCCGCAAUCUGUCAAAAGCCAGAUAUCCAGAAACAUUGCUCGUUUUCAAAUUGUAAAAAAAAAAAUCACAAACUGAAUCCAAAUUGUGAAAUUUUACAAACUGCAGUUUUUGAGGUGCCUAGAUCUUUUUUCAAUUCCUGUUCAGCCAAUCGACCGUUUUCAUUGGUUCCCACACAAACACGAAGAAGAAUGACAAGUUUCUGGAAAAGAUUUACACUAUCGCAGUGUAAUGUGACUGACACAAGCACCUGUAAUAACAACAAAGCAUCCCCAGUAGGGUUCACUUCUGGCUGGUUUAUACCUCCCAGGUGAACCUACCACUGGGAUCAGCAAAAACCGAUGUGUCACUUAAGUCUGGGCAACCUUAGGACUAGGAGUGGCAUGUCACCAACCACAAAUGUCGAGAUAUUGGGGUGCAAGGGUAGGUCGAUAGGCCUAGUCUGUGGACAUGACUGUUGGGGAUGGUCGGGUUCCGUAAGUUUUAAGGGCUGUUGCUAGCCUAGACAUAAGGCUUGCCAUCCCCUGCCUGCUUUAAUUGGAGAGGACGCUACAGAGCUGGCUACCCCUCUGUAGGUUGGCUACCCCUUCUUCCAAGGAGACAUGACUGAGAUUAAUUCCUAAAAUCUUUUCUCAUGGGUCUAGACAGGAGGUUUCCCAACCCCUAACCUUACCCAUACAGAAUAUCCUGUCAUUCUGGAAGCAGCACAAAGGUCCUUUUAGGACUAAGUGCAAUUUCUCAGUUUCUUGAACAUACAAAGCAAUGUUCUGUGACUCACUAACUGUGUGGAGUGUAACAAACUCAUGCGUGGCGUUCUCAAAAGGUUUCUCCCUCCAUCACUAUAACCGAUCUGAUACGGUCAUGUAAUAUCAUUGUCCAGCAAAGGGAGGUCGCAUACUUUUUGGACAAAUCUUGUACAUAAAACACUCAAUGUCAAGAGAAAUUACUAACUGAGUGCUCUACCAGGUACAGUUAAUGCUGGUAUUAUGACUGGCCAUUGAAUAGCGCUGUAAAAUGUUGUUGCUGUGGGACAUUUGCAUAAAACUCUUGUUAUCAGUCUUUUAAGCUCUUAUCUCAGUAUGACAAUAUGUCUUAUUACUUUGAUAAUAUUGCAUUUAUCCGUAUUUGGGUAACCAGUUAGUACAUGGCUUGUAUAAAAAUGUAUAUUUAAGUAAUUAAUCAUUAGUGCUUGUGUUUUUGCAAAUUAACUUUUGUAUUGUUUACUUGUUACAUUUAUGUAGAAUACUCACUUUCUCUAAUGUUAAUAAGUGUACUUAAUCUCUAAACUAAUGUAAUUAUACUGUUAAUUAAAUUGAAAUGUUGUCUCUUGCAUAAAAACCUUUGAUCAGGCAUGAUAAAUAUUUCAUUAAAUUUUGCCAACAAUGCCUAAGCAAAUCAAUAUUAAUUAAUUUUUACCAAAAUUGUGCAAUAUACGAGUAUGUAGGAAUUAAUUAAUUCUAAUUAGACUUGAUCAAAUUUUUUAAACAAUCAUUGGUUCUACAUUAAUAAAUAUUUUAUUAUAUUAUACAAACUAUUAUACUCUUAAGUGAUAUUAUGAAACAGUAAACAGGUUCCAUAUCUCAAAGUGUUGUGUUUCAAAUGUAUUUUUACUACAUGAUGUCUGUAUGUGCCUCAUUGUAAACAAACAUAUCAUGAAAUCUAUCAGCCCUUUGUAAUUUCUAUAUUUUAUUCUUAACUAUAACUUUAAUAAUAUAACCUUGUUUGUUGUAUUAUAUAUCUUGUUAUGUGAUUACAUUGUGACAUGCAUAAUUUUAAUAUCUUUCAACACAAACAGUUGUUAUAAGAAUAAAUACUCUUGUUAUAUAUAAUAUUUAUGUCUUGCUCACUUAUUAAAAUAUUAUGAAAUAUAA